GCGCCUUGUGCUCCGGAUCUCGCGAGAAAUCCAGCGGUUUCACUAUCGUGUUUACACUAAUUAAACCCAUUACCCCGAUAAUCCGAACCGAGCCGAUCCGGAUUAAGUCGGGCGGGUGGUUCCGGAGCGGACCUGAUCCUUUUGGCAGAAAAUCACCUCACGUUCUCCCCCACCCCCAUCCCCCCCUUACCAGUCAUCCCUGUCUGACGUAAAAUACAAUUUUUUUUCCCGAUAUUUGGUGACGUAAAAUAUCGCCUUUUCCAGGUGGGGAAAAAAAUCUUUCCCUGGGGUGGGGGGGUCGUUCGGAGUUUUCCUCCCCCGCCCCCCAUGACCGGGCACCCCGCGCUAGUGAGGUGCGGCGCCGGGUUCCGCGCGUAGGAAAGCCCGGGGAUUUGCGGCCUAGUGACUGGAGUCUGCAUAAACACGACGUCGCAGAGGAGGAGGGAGGUGAGGCCGAGAGGAAGCUCCCCAUCCCCCGAAGGGGGCUCCGAGCUCGAAGAGACCCCACAGUCUGGGGGCAGAAAUCCCGAGGGCAGUAGUGGAAAUGAUGGAAGAAUUGCAUAGCCUGGACCCUCGGCGCCAGGAAUUAUUAGAGGCAAGAUUUACUGGAGCUGGAGUUGCAAAGGGACAGUUGAAUAGUGAGUCUUCUAACCAAAGUCUGUGCAGCCUGGGUUCUCUGAGCGACAAAGAACUUGAGCAGACUCCAGAGAAAAAACAGAAUGACCAGAGGAACCGCAAGAGGAAGGCAGAACCGUAUGAAACAAGUCAAGGCAAAAACACUCCUAGAGGACAUAAAAUUAGUGACUAUUUUGAGUUUGCUGGGGGAAGUGGCCCGGGGACAAGUCCAGGCAGAAGCGUUCCACCGGUUGCCAGAUCCUCGCCGCAACAUUCCUUAUCAAAUCCAUUACCCUUACCGAGUCAAAGUAGCCCUCCUUCCUCCAUGCUAGUGAGUCUAGAGCAUUCCUGUAUCCCUAUCAAACAGAUUUCCGUCCAGCACAGACAAACUCAGUCUGACCUCACAAUGGAUAAAAUAUCCGCUCUUGAAAACAGCAAAAACUCUGAUCUAGAAAAAAAGGAAGGGAGAAUAGACGAUUUAUUAAGGGUAAAUUGUGACCUCCGACGGCAAAUGGAUGAGCAAAAGAAAAUGCUGGAAAAAUACAAAGAACGGUUAAACCGAUGUGUUACAAUGAGUAAAAAGCUACUUAUAGAGAAGUCAAAACAAGAAAAGAUGGCAUGUAGAGACAAAAGUAUGCAGGAUCGACUGCGCUUGGGACACUUCACUACAGUCCGCCAUGGCGCCUCUUUCACCGAGCAGUGGACAGAUGGAUAUGCCUUUCAGAACCUCAUCAAGCAGCAGGAACGAAUAAACUCUCAAAGGGAAGAGAUUGAGCGGCAACGAAAGUUGUUGGCCAAGCGGAAGCCUCCUGCUAUGGGACAGACCCCACCAGCUAAUAAUGAGCAGAAGCAACGUAAAAACAAGACCAAUGGAGCAGAAAAUGAAGCGUUAACCUUAGCAGAGUAUCAUGAACAGGAGGAAAUAUUUAAGCUUCGACUAGGUCACCUUAAAAAAGAAGAAGCUGAAAUACAAGCAGAGCUCGAGCGUCUUGAAAGAGUAAGGAAUUUGCACAUUAGGGAGUUGAAACGAAUACAUAAUGAAGAUAACUCACAAUUUAAAGACCAUCCAACGCUAAAUGACCGAUAUCUAUUGCUACACCUUUUGGGUAGAGGAGGCUUCAGUGAAGUGUAUAAUGCAUUUGACUUAACGGAGCAAAGAUAUGUAGCUGUGAAAAUUCACCAGUUGAAUAAGAACUGGAGGGAUGAAAAGAAAGAGAAUUACCACAAACAUGCCUGCAGGGAAUAUCGCAUUCACAAGGAGCUGGAUCACCCUAGAAUAGUCAAACUAUAUGACUAUUUCUCUCUUGACACAGACUCGUUCUGCACAGUGCUUGAGUACUGUGAGGGCAAUGACCUUGACUUCUACUUGAAGCAACACAAGCUUAUGUCGGAAAAGGAAGCUCGUUCCAUCAUAAUGCAGAUUGUAAAUGCCCUCAAGUACUUGAAUGAGAUCAAACCACCUAUUAUUCACUAUGACCUGAAGCCAGGUAAUAUUCUUUUGGUUAACGGUACUGCCUGUGGAGAGAUAAAAAUCACAGAUUUUGGACUCUCUAAAAUAAUGGAUGAUGACAGCUAUAACUCUGUAGAUGGCAUGGAGCUUACUUCACAAGGAGCUGGCACUUACUGGUAUCUGCCUCCAGAGUGCUUUGUGGUUGGAAAGGAACCCCCCAAGAUUUCCAACAAAGUGGAUGUGUGGUCUGUGGGAGUUAUAUUCUACCAGUGUCUGUAUGGGCGAAAGCCAUUUGGUCACAAUCAGUCUCAACAAGACAUAUUACAAGAAAACACGAUCCUGAAAGCCACAGAGGUGCAAUUCCCUCCAAAACCAGUUGUGACCCCAGAAGCCAAGGCUUUUAUCCGUCGUUGCCUUGCCUAUAGGAAGGAAGAUCGGAUAGAUGUCCACCAGCUGGCAUCUGACCCCUAUCUGCUGCCACACAUCCGUAAGUCAGUUUCCACCAGUAGCCCAGCCACUGCUGCAAUAGCCUCAACGUCUGGUUCUUCAAACAACAGCUUGUCAAACUGAGACUGCAAGAGUGAGACUUGAGACGUUGCACCUUGCGCCAUUACAGCGCUAAAGCUGGCAGAGCAGUUAUUAGGCUACUCUGGAAUACUUCUCUUCCUGUAGAUGGAGAGUUAGAGUUCUCCAUGGAACAUUUCAAUUCCUGGCUUAUUAGAGCCUCAAAUUGCUGAGUUUGAUGCAUUCUUGGGAAGGAUCGACGCUCGUGCUGAGUGAGAGCCCGAAUCUUUUUGAAAAGGACCUAUGACAAAUUACAAGGCUGUAUACUUGGACAUAAACCCUCAGUCCCCCGCUCCAUGGACUUUUGGAACCUCUAUACAGCUGACAACCGUCGCAUACACGGAAUUGACUUUUUACUGAAUCCAAUUUCAGAAACGGAAACCCUAGACUGUACUUGCCCCUUGUUGAUAUUUAAACCUGUUCUGUUUUUUCCCUUUCAUCCAUUUUAUUAAACACAAGAAAAAAGCCAGCAGGGUAACAAAUCCCCUCUGCUUUCUAUCCUUCGUUUUAUAAAUAAGAAUCCAAGGGUCUCUUCCCACAAUGUGAUUUUAACCUCCCCAUUGAAGGGGACCCAUCACUUGCACAUGCCUAGACAUCUGUUUCAUCACAAAAACAUUUUACUGUCAAGCCGCUAGGAAAUUGAAGGCAUCACUCAUUCCACUCAUUAUUCAUAGUUGAGGCCUACGGAGCAUAUUCUACACAGCGGAUGCAUGCAGUAUGUGCAGGUGUUGAGCCCUCUAAAGGUUGAAUCUGACAGAUAUCAUAGUUUUUAUUAAAGUGAAAUCCAUAUUACUUAGGACAGUUUUUAUGAUCAGUCUUUCCUACUGUAAACUUUUUCAGGGUUUUCACUGAAAUCCGUUUCCUUUUGAGAGGUUAAGGUUGGUUUAGUGAGCUUGUGAUCUAGGGAGAUGCACAGUUGUGUCCGAAUGGUGAGCAAAUCAGCAUUAACCCUUUUUAGAAAGUUUUUCCUGUUGAUAUAGCGCUUUGUCUUUGGGUUAGUUUUCUAACAGCUGAAGCACAGACAGGGUUGCUCAUCCCUCCAUUAUAGCACACUUUCUAUAGCCCAUUUAAAAAGAUUAUCUUAAUGUCUUUAUGUUGGUGAGCUUGUUGGUCCUUCAAUUUUUAAAUGUAAUUAUUUUUUUUGUUGCUAUUUCACAUUAUGCUGGUUUGCACUAUGCCUGUUCAAACCUUUUGUAGAACGCCGUUUUUUGGCAUAUACACUGCACCUUGGAUAUUUGUGAGUGACUGAAGUUGAAAGCAAACUGUGACCUUUUGCAAGUCAUCAGCGACAGUUGUCUCUCUUAGAAGCCAAAUGAUUAUAGAUGCCUUAGUAAUGUCUACAGUCAUAUGUUUGUAUUGAAAUCACAAAAUGGCGACCACUUUGUAAGAAGGUCAUGAGUGUAGGUAUGUACAGCAAACUUUCCCAGUUGUAGACCUAGCUGUUGUAGCAAAACACGCCUCAGCUGUAGCAGUAGUCCAUAAAAAAUUAAGAUUGAUUUUACUGGAGAUGUUAAAGAACCUGCCUUUUAUUAUGCAGCUGCAGUAUACAUUUGUUAUAUAACGGUGCAACAUUUUGCUUCCUCAUGCAACUUGCUGGGUCACAUUGCAGAACAUCUGCAUCGUCUGUCUGAUAGGCUUUAACCCCUUAAUAGUUUUGCUUGAGCUCUGCUCCGACUUUGAGAAAAGGAUUGAACAGUUCAACCUGAACAGCAGGGGUCUGGGGGGCUAACUUAACCUCUCAUAUCUCAGGAUUGGUAACAGCUAGAGAUGUAGGUAUGGUCUUGUUUGAAAGCUAACGGUCUAAGACCAAAAUCACAGCAUUGUCCUCUACAUCGGGAGAUAUAACUGAAAUUAGGUCAGGAUUAAUGUCAGCUGAAAAAGUGCAAGCAGAUUUCAGCUGCUUUACUCCCGACCUAAUUUCUAACAGCUAUAUCUCCUGAUAUAGUGGAGGUAAUGCUGUGAUCUAGUCUUGUUUUAAAGCUUAGAUUGUCAGCUUUAAAACAGGAACAGGCCCUGGAUAUGAAGAGUUAAAGCAACCCUUUCCCCUUCAGCUGGCUUCGAUCUUAGGCUUACUUUCACACUAGCGUUCAGAGUGGGUCCGUCUGGUGUCUGCACAGACGGAUACGCUCCUAUAAUGCAGACGUUUGGAUCCGUUCAGAACGGAUCCAUCUGCAUUAUAGUUUAAAAAAAAUUCUA